UAAAAUAAAAUAUUACGUCAGACAAUUGAACCAUCAGGUCUUCAGAGCGUACUUCUGUUGUAGUUUCAUAAAGUGGCCAGCAGAGGGAGGCAGUCCCACACUGACCACCAGAGGGAGGCAGUUACACAGAGUGAACAGCGGGUGUCGCUGUGAGCUUAUUUGGGUCAGAUUGACGUCAUUGUUGGGGAAUGUUAAAGAUGGCGCUGGACGGUCAGAGGAUUGUUGCCGCAGCAACAAGCUGAAGGGAUUUAAUUAAUCGUUCAGCCGGCACCAAGUUCCUCUUCCAUCCACGGUCCGAAUACUUCAGGUUCUGAACCCAAACAUGAGCCCGGUAGAUCCGGUCAGAGCCCGGUAACCCUGUGGUGUACCACCGGAUAAAAUGGUAGCCGGAUCCUCGGAGAACAACAGAAGCUGCUGCGGAGUUCGGCCCACCGAGCCGGAGGAUCUUACGGCCGGGGCCGACGCGUCUGUGGCGGACUGAGGGGGUCAUGGAAACGCCGAAGGAGAACGGAGGCUCGGUUUCUGUGGAUCUGAACGAAAACGAAGAUGAGCCGGUGGCUGUGGAGGGGAAACCGGGUCCCAGGACACUGAAGGAGCGCAGCCUGACGUUGCUGACCGGUGUCAGCGGGGGUCAGGCGGCGGGCUGGACCCGGAAUCCGGUGGAUCUAAACGGGAAGAACGCAGCCAGAGACCCGGAGAUCAUGCUGGUAGCUCCGGAGGACGGGUACCUGUCCGGCCCGGUGGUGUUGGGCGGUGUGAACGGGUUUUCCCUGGAAGCAGAGGAGCGGAGAGAAGCAGGAGGUCCGGCCGUUUCCUCUCCAGCUGCGCUCCAGGAGGAAGGAGACUCUUCUCACCCCCAGGACCAGCGCUCAUGUCCAGGGAAGCCGAACUGGACCUCCGCGAGUGUAAACAUGUCCAACGGGGUAGCUGACAGUCCUGAGGCGGCGGUCCGGUGUCUGGGUCAGAGACUGGGUCAGUGUGAGCUGGGCUGUGAGGAGGUGAAAGUAGCUAACGGUGGUUUGCACAUGAUGAGCCCCGGUUCUGAGUGGCCCGGUUCCGAUUACUUCCCUGUGAACAGACACUCUGACCCAGGGUUCAGGCGGAACCGCUCCCCCAGCUGGGGCGACCCCAGAUCCGGUCCACUAUCCACCCCGGAACCGAGCCCCGGCCCCGCGUCGCCCUGCCCGUCCAGCCCGCUGUCCGAACCCAACACCCGGCAGGAGGACGAGGAGCCGCUCGGUGACCCGGAUGUUCCCGCCAGGCCGCAGAGUCUGAGGACUAACCCCGCAGCCAGCGUGUCCCGCAGCUGUGACGCCACCCCGCUGUCCCCUGAUGAGGACAGGGGGUUCAACUUUGACCCCGAGGCGGGUCGGAGGCAGAGCGCCCCGGACAAGCUGAGCGAGGAGACCGGGGGUUCUGAGCUCACAGUGAUGCCCAAAAGGUUCGGCAUCGCUGACUUCUUCACCAGGAGCCUGUUUUCUAGAAAACCCAAAGAGUCCAAGGCAGCGUCCCACAAUGCAACAGGAUGGCGACUGUUCAGCAAGUCAGAGAGCAGAGAGGAGGACCAGAGCGGAGAGGCGGCCAUGACACCUCAGCAGCAGGAGGACGAGGACUCGCCGUGUCCACAGCGCCCCCCGGCGGCAGGGAGGAGGAAGAACCUGGAGUUUGAGCCUUUGUCCACCACCGCUCUGAUUCUGGAGGACCGGCCGUCGAACCUGCCGGCCAAGUCCCUGGAGGAGACGCAGAGACACAAGCUGGAGUACGAGGAGAUGGUGGCAGGAGCCAAGAGGAGAGAGAUGAAGGACGCCCAGAAGAAGAAGCGCCAGAUGAAGGAGAGACACCGGCAGGAGGACAGCAUCUCCAACGCCAUGGUGGUCUGGAACACCGAGAUCCUGCCGCACUGGGACGCCAUGAAGGGGACGAGGCGCGUCCGGGACCUCUGGUGGCAGGGCCUUCCUCCUGGAGUCCGAGGACGAGUCUGGAGCCUGGCCAUCGGCAACGAGCUCAACAUCACAGCAGAACUGUAUGAGAUCUUCCUGUCCAGAGCCAAGGAGAAGUGGAGGAGCUACAGCGAGACAAGCUCGGUCAACGACAACGAGAGCGACGGAGGAGCGUCUCUGGCGGACCGGGAGUCCAGUCUGGACCUCAUCAAGCUGGACAUCUCCAGAACCUUCCCGUCUCUCUUCAUCUUCCAGAAGGGCGGGCCGUACCACGACCUGCUGCACAGCGUGCUGGGAGCCUACACCUGCUACCGACCUGACAUCGGCUACGUCCAGGGCAUGUCGUUCAUCGCCGCCGUGUUGAUCCUGAACCUGGAGGAAGCCGAAGCCUUCAUCACCUUCGCCAACCUCCUCAACAAGCCGUGUCAGAUGGCCUUUUUCAGGGUGGACCACGAGCUGAUGCUGAAGUAUUUCGCCGCCUUCGAGAUUUUCUUUGAGGAGAAUCUUCCUCGACUCUUCAGCCACUUCCAGACCAACAGCCUGACCCCUGACCUCUACCUGAUCGACUGGAUCUUCACGCUGUACAGUAAGUCUCUCCCGCUGGACGUGGCGUGCCGGGUUUGGGACGUGUUCUGCCGGGACGGCGAGGAGAGCCUGUUCCGGACCGGCCUGGGGAUCCUGCGCCUCUUCGAGGACGUCCUGCUGCAGAUGGACUUCAUCCACAUCGCCCAGUUCCUCACGCGUCUCCCCGACGACCUGCAGCCGCACACGCUGUUCACCGCCAUGGCCAACACGCACAUGAUCAGCCGGAACCGCCGCUGGGCCCAGGUGUUCUCCGCUGUGAUGAAGGACGGGAACGUCAGAGAGGCGGAGAAGUCCGGCAGCCCGGCUCUGAGGAGCUAACGCCGCCCCAACAUGGAGCCGAGAGACGGCUGGACUUUCUGGUGCUCCCUCUGCUGGCCGGGAGGGGAACAGCUCCAGAACCUCUCCGGUCCAGUUCCUCUCUACUUCCUGGAUCAGCUGAAGCAGUAUUUAUCCCAGACGGAGGAUUCAGACGUGUCAGAAUGUGCUGCAUGCUUCCUCUGGAUCCAGAUUUCCUUUCAGCACUUUAUUCCUGCAGAACCCAGCGGAACCGACCCAACGGGCCGCUCUGGUUCUGUUUACCCGCCUGCUGGUCGCCUUCCAGGAGUAAAACUGUGAGCUCCUCCUGCACCAGCACCCAGAGGUCAGCAGCAGGGUUGACCCUGAGAUCAUGUGACUCAGCGACGAUGAAGAAGCAGAAAUACUGAGGAAGAGCGAGAGGAACCUGAAGUUACACCUU